AUGCCUCCUCGAGUGCGCGGCGCAUCGACGCCGCUGGCUGGCCUCGAUGCCGCCGUUUCUAUCUCCUCCAGGAGCUCCUCCUCCCCAUUCCUCCGAACGUUCUCGACAACGCCAUGCCGCGAGAAAAUGAGCAAGGGUCGCGCGAGGAUGUUCGAGUGGCUGAACAAUGGCGGUGGUAGGAGUCUUGCUGAGGCUGGUACCAGCCCUAACUACCUUGGUCCUCACCAAGAUCAGCCUUUUCCUCUCAACCCCUUGUUCCGAAGUCAACCUGUGCUGGCCGAUCAGACACGCGAGAUUAUCUACGACAAGGUGAUAGGCAAGGGUGAGUCGCUCAAGGCGGUGUCUGCUGAAAUGCACAUCGACGUGAGACGAGUUGCCGCCGUGGUGCGGUUAAAGGAGGUUGAGAAGCAAUGGAAAUCUGAAGGCAAGCAGCUGGCAGUUCCUUACGCCAAAGCAGUCAUGAAAAUGCUGCCCAAGACAUUCUGGGACGAGGGUGCAGAGAACGUGCCACAUGAGCCUAUUAACGAGAUUCACGUGCACAACCUCACAAUGCAACAACUGUUUGCGCCCGUGUCAGAAUCUCGGCAUUUCACACGAGAAGAUGCUGCCAAGGCCUUUCACGAUAAUAUGCUCUCUGCAGAUUCGCGAUCGCCUCAGCGUGAGCUCAUCAAUAUGGAGAGAAAUGUUAUCAAAGGUGUUCCUCGUCCGGAGGCUUUAGCCAAGUUCCAAGAAAUCACUCAGAAUCGUGAGAGUGAGAUGGCCGACGAGAUGCAGCGUCGUCGUUGGCGUGUAGAAGACAGGACGAGUCGAAUAACGACGGAUCGUUAUGAGUUCCGGUUCAAGCCUAUGAACACUGAUGACGUGGGCCGCGAUGGUCGUUCAAGAAAGGGAACCGGAUGGCGCUACGGUGCACCUUUCGAGGACCGCAAGCGUGGGUUGGUCAAGAUUCCUACAUCGGUGCCUUAA